AUGGUAGUCCUAGCCCAAGUGCAAUCGUCCAACGCCCAAAUCACUACAUCGCUUCCAAAGGACAUUGUAGCUCUUUUUGUCGGAGCUACCAGUGGCAUCGGCGAGGCGACUUUGAAACAAUUCGCUCAGCACAGCCAAUAUCCCCGCGUCUAUUUCGUGGGUCGCAGUCAGGAUGCGGGUAGGCGCAUCGCAGCCGAAUGCACUGCCUUGAACCCAGCGGGAGAAUACAUCUUCAUUCCCGCAGAUAUUAGCUUGCUUAACCGAGUCGACGAUGUCUGUCGGGAAAUCAUAGACAGGGAAAGCUUUCUCAAUGUUUUAUUUCUUUCCCCUGGAGCCGCUUGUAUACACUCAGAAACAACCGAAGGUCUCCGCACCAUCACAGCAUUGGUAUAUCAUACUCGCAUGAGAUUUAUCGUCAAUCUCCUACCCCUACUGCAACAAGCUACGGGUCUUCGUCGGGUCAUCAGUGUUGGGGGAGGCGGAUUCGAAGGCCCUAUCGACACGGCCGACUUCGACGCCAGGACAGCACCUGUGGCUUUCUAUCGCGGGCAUAUCACUUCCAUGACCACGCUGGCAUUGGAGAUACUCGCCAAACAGGCGCCAAAGGUCUCAUUCGUUAACGAACAUCCUGGGCCUGUCAAGACUGGUCUGCUGAGAGAGGUAGACAAUCUGCGUAUGUGGAUAGUAUGGCUCGUCCUGCUCUUUUUUGGUCGUUGGAUCUGUAUCCCUCUUGCGGAGAGCGGGGAAAGACACCUCUUCCUCACCACGAGUGCGAAAUACCCGGCUCGACAUGGCGAUGCUGGAGUUCCAGUGGCGGAGGGUGUCCCGGUUGCGCGGGGGGUGGAUGGGAAGGCGGGAAGUGGAGUAUAUUCUGUGAAAUGGGAUGGGGAGAGUCCGGAGCAUACAAGUGAAGUUCUGGAUGGGUUGCGAGAGCAAGGGAUCGGGGAGGUUGUCUGGAGGUAUACGGAAAGUCAGUUCAAGCGAAUCACGGGGGUGGCAGCGAUAUAG